AGCAAAAAUAUGCCGCAGAUCCUGUACAUGUGAACGUACCCUAAACCUGCACAGAGAAUAGACCAUAAAUGCCUAAAAUUGUGGGCCAUAUAUUAGUCGGGAAUGUGUUUCUGGAGGCCAUUUAGAAGGAAUGGAUGGCUUUAGCGUUCACGCUCAUUAAAACAUAUCAAAGGGUUUCUUUCGAGUUCAACCCGUGACGGUCACAAGAUUCAAACUGAAAAGAUUAAGAGAGGAGAGAAGUAUCUAUGCCCAGAAACAAAGAGCUAGACUAUUGACUGGGAGCAGUUUAGCAAAAGUUGGUUCUGUGAGCCCUGGAGAAUGCCUCGUCCUGAUUCAUCUCGCGCACUGGGGGCUUACAAUGCCAGCAGGGGCCGGCAACACAUGGGGCUCAGUGCAGAAGAGACUGCUGGUAUUGCAAUUCUUGCCAUUAUAGCUUCCCUUGUCCUGAUUAUUGGAUGUUGGUAUUUCAAGAAACGAAAUGGCUACAAAAUACUUGGGACCCACCCCUUCAGCCCAUCGGCAAUAAGAUCCAUUAUGGGUACAUCGCAAGAGACUAAAGAAUGUAAAGUGCCUUUACAGGAUUACAACACUGUGGUACCUGGAGCACCCCCUGCAUAUGAGAAGAUUGCUGGAGAGAGUAAGCCACCACCUUACACCCCCUGAGUUGAGCACAAGCACAUAUUUUGAUGGAUCCAUAUCAAAUAAUUAGAAUGCAAUAAAAAUGAAUAUAA